AACUCCUCCCUCCAUCUCUGAUGUUUCUUUUACAUCCGCCACAGUGAGAUUAUUCAAUGCACAUCGCGUCCCUUUAUUCCAAUCUGGACUUGUAUAAAUGUGAACUUCGAAACAGCUUCCACACAGCAUUUCUUGGUCCUUCGAGCCGGAUCCCGAAGACCUCCCACCGACGCCAAGAUAAUCACCACUGAAACCUGUCGACAGUCAUCGCUGAAUAGCCAUCUGCGGUGCCAAAAUCCUGGGACGUGAAUUCAUCCCAGGGACAGUUCAGCCAUUGUGGGCGACACUUGACAGAACUUUUUGCCAGCAAACCUCCAACAAGGCACUUUUUCACAACAAUGAGUUGGAAAACUACCUGGACAAAGUAUGCUGGAAUCAGCAUUGUACUGAUCCUAUUGGGUUUCACAUCCUUAUAUCUCAGUAACAGGGAUUUAAGAAACAUUGCAAAUGAGGAGAAUCUUAAAGUGGCAAAUAAAUUGUCAACAAGAUCCAUUUCUGAUUUGGAUGACACACUUUCAUUUGGGGCGAGACCAAAAGUUCAGACACGCACUUCUUGGAAAGCUCCUAUCAUGUGGGAGUUGAUGUUUGACCCCAGGGUUUACGACAAAAAGCACCAAGAGGAACAAACUACUGUGAGCCUGACGGUGUUCGCUGUCGGCAGAUACCUGGAGGCCUACCUGGAGACUUUCCUCACCUCAGCAGAAGAACACUUCAUGCCGGGAUUACCAGUGACGUAUUAUGUGUUUACAGAUUUGCCAGAGAAAGUGCCAAAUAUUACACUUGGCCCCAUGCGAAACUUGACAGUUGUCUGGGUGAAGAAACACAGCAGGUGGCAGGACAUCUCCAUGAUGCGAAUGAAGACAAUAUCAGACAUAAUAGAAAGAGAGCUCCAGCACAGGUUCACUUAUGUCUUUUGCUUUGACGUGGAUCAGAUAUUUAAGGCAAGAUUUGGCUCUGAGGCUCUUGGGGAAUCUGUGGCUUUGCUCCACGCCUGGUUUUACAAACUUCCUAAGUACCGGUUCACCUAUGAUAAAAACCCUGAAUCUGAAGCCUACAUGGAGCAGGGAGAUUACUACUACCACGCGGCUAUCUUCGGAGGCACAUGUGAAAAAGUUAAGGCUUUGACAUUUUCCUGUUAUCUGAGCAUCAUGAAGGAUAAACUGAGCGGCGUAGAGGCACUGUGGCAUGACGAGAGUCAUCUAAACAAGUACUUUUGGAUUCAUAAACCGAGUAAGCUGCUUUCCCCAGAGUACUGCUGGGAUCCUAGCAUCGGUGAUAAAAGUGAUAUACUUAUCAGACGGCUAAUUUGGAGGCCAAAAGAAUAUGACACACUUCGUACUCGGUAGACUUGCCAGAAAAGAAAUGACUGCAAAAUACUUGCAUUUCUUCUUUCCACAAAAGUGUAUCGUAAUGUCGGAUGCUUUACUUAAUUAGAUGCUUUACAUGUCAUGAUCCUUUCUUGUCUUAACUCACCUGCCUGUCACUCCCACCUCAUCAGUGCAACCAGCUUCACCUGUGCUCCCUCACCAUAUAUAUAUUUACCAACUCCUUCCACUCAGGCCCCGUUUACACGGAGCAAAAACGGUGGUGUUUUCAUGCGUUUUGGCCGUUUGUUUACACGAAAACAAAGCUCAAAGUCACCAAAAACGAUCAUUUCUGAAAUCUCCGGCCAAAGUGGACAUUCGCAAAAACUCUGUCUUCACGUUUGCUUGUAAACAGAGGAAAACUGACAUUUAGGCUUCAGAACGUCACAUUAUGCGACAGAAACGUCACCAGCGUCAUGUGUGCGACCUGCCUUUAUAAUUUGUUAGGCCACUGUAGUUACUCGUGUCAUUUGUUAAUGUUUUUUUCCAGGAUUCCGAUUGGCUAGCAUAACUUUAUGCUUCUCGUUACACUGCCCCCUGCAGGUUUGGCUGCUCAUAGCACCUUAACAGCGUAUUUAUGCAGGUUUGUGUAAAUUAUGGUAUUUUUCAAAACGUAGAGGGGGAAAUAUCCAUUUUUGUAAAUACCCGGCUAUGUGUAAACGUGGCCUCAGUCUUUGCCUGAUUGUCUUAGCUCCAUGCAAAGCCUUAUAGCAGUUUUCUCUGGAUUGUCUUGUUGAUUUCUUGUUUGAUUGUGGAACAACCUCCCGGAGAACCUCAGGGCCGCAGAGACUGUUGAUGUUUUUAAAAAGAGGCUCAAGACCCAUCUCUUUAAUCAGGCUUUUAACUGACUCAUUUAACUCUUUUACAUUUCUUAUGCUCACCCUUAUUUUUAUUGAAUCUUACUGCUCUGUUUUAUAUUUAGUUUAUCCUUUCUUAUCGUAUUUUAUUUUUGUUUAAUCUCAAUGUUUUAUCUAAAUAUUUUAGUUGUUAUUUAUGGUCUAUUUUAUACAUUUUACUGUUUUAUUAUUUUAGUUUUUAAUGUCUUACUUUCUAGACAUACUUUUAGGAUUUUAUGUUUGUAUGUUUUAUGUUUUUUAUAAACUCCUUUAGUGUAUUUUAUCCUGUUUUCUUGUAGCUUUUAUCUCCAGUGUUUCCUCAUGGGGAGCCUCCAUGCUGGGAGUGACUCUGGCCUGCAGGGGGUCGUCCUGGGGGUCGUUCUGGCCUGGAUGGUUGUGGAGCUCUGCACCACGGCUUCACCGCUGUGGUGUGGACUCCUCUAUCCGUCCGGGCCGGGAUGGUCUCUGUGGGCCCCCCCCCUUGUAGCUGCGGGCUAUGAGACCUCCUGGCGUGGACGGCUCCCCGUUACCGUUUCCUCACCUGGAUCCUCUGUGCCUAGCCAUGUCUACACCAUGUGUCUGUGUGUGUCUGUGUGUGUAAUUUAGGAAUUUAGGUGAAUUGUAGUGUGCUUUUGUCUGCGGGGA